GUCCUUACUUCGGGCAGUCGACCACCUGAGAAGCCCGGCAAGCGCCACAAAUAGUACGAUGGUGAUGCCGAUGUACUUGCGGCGGUUUGUCAUUCUGUUGGUCUUCAUCAGAGUGAUUGUGGGGACCAGCCGCGUGCGUAGUGGAGCCCGAAUGUUGUAUGAUGAAAUGGCGCGAACAUCAGGCCGAUGCCUGUUUAUAGACUGCUGGAGCGCGGUGUUUCCAUUCGAGGUCGGGCUAUAUGGAGAGCACUGAUGCCAAAUACGCAAGGGCGAUUGGCCUCAGGCGUGUUUGCCAUGCGCAGUGGCAUCUGUUCCACGGAAUGUUUUUUUCCGUUGCUUCAUCAUGUUUGGGUGUUGCUGUGCAACUCGGUGCCUAGAUAUAUUUGUGAGGACUUCGCGGCACCAGGCGGCUACACCGCACUGUAUUUGGCGGAUAGGCCGGUGGUUUUGCGGACCUUACUUGAAGACAAGCGAUUGGCUCCAAAGCUUGUUAAUAAUACUGCAGAAAAUUGGCUAUUAUGAGACCAAAGCGAUUUGAACACUAUACCUUGCCUCGAUACUGUGAAUACUAUUGGGAACACACCCGGGGGAGACACUGC